UCGGCGCUGAAGUGGUUCAGUCCGCCCUCACGGUUCCUGACUGCCGACUGGUCGGAUCAGGAGUUUGUUCCUGAAGUCUGCGCCUCAGUUUUCUUCCGACUUUUUAGGCUGCAAAAAAAUAAAUCACAGCAAGGCAGUAACAUGGCUUCCGCGGCGGCGGCUUUCCGUCCACCGAGGAGCGAAGAUACCAACUACAAGCUGCAUUUCCGAAUGAUAAAUGAUCAACAAGUUGAGGACAUCUGCCUUGACUUCUUCUACAAGCCGCACACCAUCACCCUCCUGACAGCGACCGUGCUCAGUCUGAUGUACUUUGCCUUCACCAGGGACGACGAAAACUCAGACAACAACCUCCGUGUCGGUAUAAUAGUGGUUGUUUCGUUCUUCUUGGUCAUCAGCGUCCUGGCUUUCCCCAAUGGACCCUUUACAAGGCCUCACCCAGCAGUAUGGAGAAUGGUGUUUGGUCUUAGUGUGCUCUACUUCCUUUUUCUUGUCUUUCUCAUCUUCCUCAACUGGGAACAAGUGAAGACCCUGAUGUACUGGCUUGAUCCAAAUCUGCGAUUUGCCAAGCGGGAGGCUGACAUCAUGGAAUACGCUGUGAACUGCACUGUGAUAACAUGGGAGCGCAUCCUGAGCCACUUCGACAUCUUUGCGUUCGGCCACUUCGCAGGAUGGGCCGUGAAGGCUCUGGUGAUCCGCAGCUAUGGCCUGUGCUGGACCAUCAGCAUCACGUGGGAACUCACUGAGCUCUUCUUCAUGCACCUUCUGCCAAACUUUGCAGAGUGCUGGUGGGAUCAGGUGAUUCUGGACAUCCUGCUGUGUAACGGAGGAGGAAUCUGGCUGGGGAUGACAGCCUGCCACUUUCUGGAGAUGAGGACCUAUCGCUGGGCCAGCAUCAAAGAAAUCCACUCGACCACAGGGAAAAUAAAGCGAGCCGUGCUUCAGUUCACUCCAGCCAGCUGGACCUGCGUGCGCUGGUUCGACCCAAAGUCAUCCACCCAGCGGCUGGCAGGAAUCUACCUCUUCAUGAUCUUAUGGCAGCUGACGGAGUUGAACACAUUUUUCCUGAAGCACAUAUUCGUCUUCCAGGCCUCUCACCCGCUCAGCCUGUGCCGCAUCCUGCUGGUGGGAAUCAUCACCGCGCCCACAGUGCGGCAGUAUUACGCGUACCUGACAGACACUCAGUGUAAACGGGUUGGGACGCAGUGCUGGGUGUUCGGAGCGAUUGCUUUCCUGGAAGCUCUCGCUUGUGUGAAAUUCGGUCUUGAUUUGUUUUCCAAGACUCAAAUUUGGCAUGUGGUCGUCUGGUUGCUCUGCCUGGCACUUAUCACACUGCUUUGCCUGUACGGCAUGGUUUGGUUGGAACAAAAUAAGCUAAAGAGCCUUUCAUCACCAAGUGAGGACCCAGACGACAGAGGAGUUUCUGGCUCAUAUCAUUUGAUCCCUGAUGGUCAUGCAGAUCAGACAGAUUCACUGGGACAUUUACAGCCAACAAAACGGAGGAAGGGCCCUGCUAGGAACAGCCAAGGUGGAAAGAGACAAUGAACAACAAGCAUAGAAAAUAUUGUUGUUUUUUUUUUGUUUGUUUGUUUUAGGGAAAAAGACCAAUGGGUGGUGCAUUUAAUACUUUAUUCAUUUUGCAGUGGUUUAUGGGUCACUGAAUCCAAAACGCUGUGAUAAAGGUGGCAUUAAUAACAUUCAGCUUAAAGUUCUGAUAUGUUUCAGGGUCAGAAACUAACUUUAACAGCGAGUUUAAAGCUUUAUGGAUGUGCAUGAUUAUAAACGCGGAAAUUAAAACAGAACAAAACGGGCUGAAAUAGAUACCCCUCUUUUGAUGCUGUUACAGAGCAGCAUGAAUGUUAAGUACGCACUCCAUUUCUAAUUGCACUGUGUAUGUUUAACAUUUAGUAAAAUAUUAGUCAGGGAAAUUAUUUAAGUCAAUUUGUGUUUGCAUUUUUUUUUCUUUUUGCCAAAAUAGAAUUUUGCAUUUAUAUUUGAGACCAUUGAGCAGGGUUUUAGGUGUUUAUCUUCAAGAAAGCAGGACUUUUAAGGGUGUAGUGUGUCGUGUACUGACUACUGAUCAGACCAAAAUACUGUUACCGAAGCCCCACAGCGCUUGGUGCUUUUUAUUCUGACUACUGUUGUAUAACUUGUCAAAAUGGAGUAUCUUUGACAUUCGGGAAGAGCAGCAGAGGUCAAAAAAUAUAUGUUUCAAUGUGUGAAUUUGUUAAGGACCCAGAGUUAUUAUGCUGCGUUCAUAACUCAACACCUAAGACUUGAGUGGUUAACAAUGUUAGUUCUUCACAUUGGGAAUUGUUGCAAUCUGCAUUUAUUGUAUUUAUUGUGAACAAACUGUACUUAACACUAACAUACUUGAAUAAUUUUAGUUUCUUGAACACUUACAUGUUUUUAUAGUGAAAAUAACACUUUUUGUAAUAAAAAAAUGCAUUAAUAGAUGCUUUAUUAUAAAGUUGGUGCACUGUGAGGUUACUGAUGUAAAUGUUUCUUGCUUGACUUUUCUACACAGUUUAAUGACUACAUGGAAUAAAGUUAUGUUUUUGCGAAUAA